UCCAUGGGAAGAGCACAGGCGCCAAUAGUCACAAAGUUCACAACCUCAUUAAUCAACAAUGGCAAACUCGUUGCGGUCAUCCCUCCCCCGGUUGGCCCUCUACCUCUUCGCCUUGAUCCUGAUCAUCUCUUCUGGUGCUAGAGCUAGCGUUGGUGGUGAUGAGAUUGUCGGAUGGAUGACGUCUACUAGUAAUGGCCGGUGUGAGGGCACCAUCGGUGAGUGCCUGGACGGUGAAUUCGAAAUGGACUCAGAAAGCAACCGCCGAAUCCUGGCCACUACGAGCUACAUAUCGUACCAGGCGCUGAAGGCCGACUCCACUCCAUCCUGCGGAUCCGGUAACUCAUACUACAACAACAAUUGUCAGUCCAAUCAAGCGAAUCCUUACAACCGUCCCUGUGCUAAGCAAGCUGGAUGUCGCGGUUGAAUAUGAGAGUUCUUUCAGCUUUUACUUUUAUACUUUGUGUUAAAUAUUAAUAAGCUUUUCUUCUUUCUCCCUUAAAAAUUUCAUUAGGAGUGACCAUGACAGAUCGAUGAAAAAAGUUUGCUUCUAGUGUUUGUAAACAUAUGUUGCACGUUGGAAUGAUCAAUCUCAUAUAGCACACGAGGAUGAUAUGUUUCCGUCUUGA